UGUCCUGGGAACAGUUCAAUACUAAUGCAAGCGGAAGAAAAGUGUUAAUCCCACAAGAAGUUUCGCUAAGAUCCUUCUAUUCUUAGCAGUGACAAAAGAUCCCAGCAGAUGGGAAUGUGCCUCAUCGCCCUGGAGUAAACUGGAUGAAACUUUGUGUUGGAUCCCACACUGGUAUUUCGGGAUUGGGAGAGGGGCCUGUACUAAGCAGCUGGGGACAGACUGUCUGAGUCCCUCUUAGGACACUCGGCCUCUACCUGUGGAGUAGCACCAUGGGGACCGGUUACUUUCCCCUCGACACCUUGCCCUGUUCCUAAAGACCAAUCAUUGUGCUGGACUGGGUACUAGCCUUGCACGGGCACGCACACGAGGCGUGUGUCACACCAACUCAAUUUCUGUUUUUUUUCCUCUUUUUUUUUCUGGUUAUUGCGGCACUUUUGUGUGCAGUAGCCAUAAUUAGCCAUUCUGCUCAUUUCGCCGAUAACUAUAUGGGGUUAAUUUGUCCCACGCCGAAGGAUGUUGAUGUAUGUUUGUAAGCUAGUGACUGAGCCGCCUUGGUAUUAGGAGAGCACUGCGAGGGACGUUCAGUUUGCAAAUGAAUGGGAAACAAGCGGCCAGGAGUAACUAAGGAUUCCAAGUGAGGCAUCUACAAGGAAAGCACAGCGGCUAGAGGCCCUGCUAUCAUGGAAGGGGGUCCCUGUGCUCCUCUUCCCUGGGGAUAGAUCAGCGAGGGUAACGCAGGGCUGCAGCAAAUGGCUCUCAUGGACUAGCAGGCUGCGCUAUGGGUGCCUGCUGCUGGCUGCAGUAUGACUAGAGCCCGGCUGCAGCUGGCAUCCCUCUGGCUGCUCAUGGCAACUCUGCAGGCGAUGGCUGCAAAGGACGAGUCUGAGCGGGACACGCAGGACCAGACGGCGUUGAUAAAGGUCACUCCUCUCAGGAUGGACAAUGCUGUACAUGGGAACCUGACACUACAUGGGAUAUUCGCUAAAGUGGCUGAUGUGAGCAGAGCCGACGGCAGAUUGCUCCAGUUUCAUCCACUGUCAUUGUGCAACACAAGUGAGGAUGAACCGAUAAAACCUGGCUUCAUUGCAAUUGUCAAACUGGAGGCUCCAGAUCGUGACCCUCAGCCGUGCCUAUCACUGGCCAACAAGGCUCGGCUGGCAGGGGAACGUGGAGCAAAUGCAAUACUUUUUGAUAUUACCAAUGAUCAAGGAGCUAAAAGACAGCUUCAGCAGCCAGCUGGCCUGAAUAAGCCUGUAGUACUAAUCUGGGGCCAGGAUGCUGAGCGGCUUAUGGAUGUUGUUAACCAUGACCGAGAAGCUCAUGUAAAGAUCGAGGUGCAGGAACAACCUAAAUGGCUUUACCAUGAUCUCUUGAUUCUUCUGACUGUGGUUGGUAUCGUCUCCAUCAUUGUGUUAUAUUCUGUUGUGAAGCUUCGAUGGAAGCCAAACCCAACACAGGACAAUGUGCAGCAACAGACCCUUCUUGCGAUCAGCCGUCUAGGUACCAGAAUGUAUGAAUCGCGGAUAUCUAGAGAGCAGCGUACAAGAGGUGCGCGAUUAGAAACGGCAAGCACCAGCAGCUCUGUGCCUUUGUGUGCCAUCUGUCUGGAAGAGUUUACCGAUGGGCAGGUGUUGCGGAUUUUGCCUUGCUGUCACGAGUAUCAUCUGGAUUGUGUGGAUCCGUGGUUGAGGCAACAUCACACAUGUCCUCUCUGCAUGUAUAACAUAUUAGAGAGCGAAACGCCAUCACGUGCCUCUGCUACCAGGCCUCCCUCGCAGAUUCAGUUGCUAAGGCGAUACCCAGGCACUGCACAAUUUCAGCACCACUUUAUGCCUAAUGGAUCAUCAUUGGCAUACCCACCCCCUAACAAUAACAUCUAUGUAUCCCACUCGCCUUAUUACCUGGGAAAUGGACCUUUCUGUGAACUCCCAGAGCCUUUGGCUACACGAAUUCGCACUCAACGGCGUGCACAACAGGCUGUAAUAGGCCCUAGCACCUCUCAAUUCUGUCAGGUGUCUAGCGGAUAUCUGCCUGAUGAUCCUGGAAGUGACAGUAGCUCAGGUCCCUGUCAUGGCUCUUCCAGCGAGAACUGUACAGAUGUCAGUCUACGCUGCCUGCAAGGCUCCUCUUCUUCUUCUUGCCACAGCUCCAGGAGCAACCAGGGGGAUUCAUCCCCCCCAGCACUUGUGCCACUUCUUCUACCUCAUGGAGAACUCCCAGGAUUUAAUACUAAUGUGCCAACCCAGGGAUUCCAUGCCAGUCAUGUUCAUUUCCACCAACACAGGCAUCACCACUACCCAAGAAAUCAAUCCCACUCUAAUCCUCCAAGAGCCAAGCGGAAGCCCAGGACUCCUAGAGGGGAGUCGAGACUAGACCCUGGGUGCAACAGGGAGCACAGAGCUGCACAUGGUAGUAGUGGAGAAUCCAGAACUCUUCUGACUCGCAGAGAGCACAGGACUUCAAAGCCUUACCAUGACCCGCGGACUAACAAGGAGACUGUGAGACACAGUCAGCCCACACCUCGGUUCUAUUCUCAUGUACAGGAAACUAAGGAUCCUGACAUUCCAUCUACCAAUAGAGGGCCAAGGACUGAAGCUGCAAGCAGGAGUAAUCGAAGGAAACGGUCUGCCCUUCCUCCAUCACACAACCUUCGUCACUGCUGUCCUUCCCAGGGAGGACAUUUGUGUGAAAGAACACAGCCUGCAUGGGCAGAAGGGGUCAGAUUAGUCCACCCGAGAGCAAAGACACAUCGAGAAAACACAGCAAUGAUGCACCUUUAUCAUCCGCCGCAUCACAAUCAGGCCCUGUGUUCUGUUGCAGGUACCACCGAGGAAAUUGAAGCUGUUUGCGAACAUGCUGUGUAACUGUCGUAGGAAACAUUUCGUAUGACCCUACUGUAAGGCUGCACUAACAGGGUACAAUACCCCUAGAAUUAUGGCCCUUUCCCAGUCUUCAAGGUUCUUCAUCAGCCACAAGGUCACUUUCCAGCUAUCUGUUAUGCACCGUCGAAGCAGCUAAAGACCCACAAAUAUCUGUGCAAAGCUCUAGCAUGGAGCCUUCGCAUGAUGGGACUUGAUGCUUCGGAGAUGCAGAGUAACAUGAAACAUCUUAUCUGCAACCUUAUACAAAGACUGUAGACCUUCUUCGCCAUCCUUUGGGUUAGCAACCUUGGCACCUCAGAUGUUUUGGGACUACAUUUCCCAUGAUGCUCAGACACACUUUAGGCUGGCUAAGUAUUAUGGGAAAUGUAGUUCUGAAACAUCGGGGGUGCCAAGGUUGCUGACCCUAAACCAAAAAUCCUUAAACUUGGCCCUCCAGAGGUUUUGGAACUACAUUUCCCAUGAUGCUCAGCCAGCUGAUAAGCUGGCUGAGCAUUAUGGGAAAUGUAGUUCCAAAACCUCUAGAAGGCCAAGUUUGAGGAUGUCUGCCCUAAACCAUCCAUCCAUCUGCAUUGUUACUUUGAAAGACAUAAAACAACACUAGCCAAACUUACUUUGAUAACUUAUGGCUGAUUCUUUACAAUAAGUAUAACAGGACUGGUCUAUACUAAAUGAUUCCAUAGUAUUGUUGAAUUAUAAAGCAAAAAUGUUUAUGAGCUGCUUAUUUUUGCAAAUCUGUUUGAUAAGAUAAAUUACCAAACUGGCAGUCCUGCUCUGUUACCCGAGUCAUGUAAUAUUGUAUACUUUUUUUUUUUGUAAUUUGCACUUGUUUCAUAUUUUAGCACAUUUUUUGAAUGUGUGAAGUUGCCUUAAUCUUUUAUUUAAUUCAUCUUCUGUAUUUGUGAAUUGAUGAAUUGAGUAAAAAUCUACCAAGCUCAGGCCUAUACAUUUUAUCUCGCUCCAAUUUAAGAUUAUUGAGAACUAGCUGGAGAUAUCCGCCAUCCUGAAAUUAACUAUGUAAAUAAACCGCUCAUCACAAUCAGGUGGAAAUAACUGACCGCUAUCAGAUCUGAAAUUAACAGCUGGCAUCGCUUGGUGCAUAUUGUUCUGGGAUUUAGACCCAGGUCUAUGUGGGUUCUAUGAAACCCUUUACAAGCUACCCUUUCUUCCUGUGCCUGAAUUGUUAUUUGUGCCAUUGUUUCUGCCUUGUACAAAAUGGUGUAAAAUAUGGUUUGUAUAUUUGUAAAAGUAUUAUAUUUAUAUAAAAACAUAGUUCUUUGAAGAACAAAUAAAGAAGGUUUUCCUAUGGA